AUUAUAUUAAUAAAAAUAAAAUAUUAUUCAGCAAGUAAAUAUUAAUUUCUUUUAUGUUCUUUUAGAAAACUUAAAAUAAAUACAGAAAACUACUAUAAUAGCUUAUUUUAUUCCUUAAUAUUUGUAAAUCAUCUUUUUCCGCAAUAAAAGUGUGUGUGCGUUACCCAAUUGAAAUUAACAUGCCGGUUCAUUUCAUUCAAAAGGCGUAUCGAUUUUCCUUCAAUUUCUAAUUUGCUUCAUAUAUUUCUAUGAAAAUAUUAAAUCAUAUUUUGAUUGAUAGAGAAGAUUCGUGAGAUAUAAAUUGAUUGGCAUGAGCCCUUAGCAUCUUGUUGAGAAAACAUUGAGGAAUCGAAAUUAUUGAAUGUCGUGAUUAAUCAAUAUGUGUUUUUCCAAAUUUUUGAAAGCAAAUUAUGCGAAUCAAAUAAAAAAUUCCUAGAAAUUCGUUUCUCACUUUGUUUCCAAUUAAUGGGUAUACAUUAGCUUUUAAUAAUUAUAAAGAAUAAUUAAUAAAACAUUGCCGUAAUUCAUGUUAAUGCGUUUAUACUCUGCAAAUUGUGAUUAGAAUGAGAUUUAUUCCAAUUAGGCUGGACUUUAAUACACUAUUUUUAAGCUAUAUCAAAGCGGAAACCACAACAAUGUAAAAUCGUGGUCACGAUAAUCGUGACUGAUUUCAGGUAUCUACGCUUUUCAUUCCCUCGUUUAUAUUGCAUGCGCAAGCGGAUCGUUCUUCGUUGGGGGUUAAAUCGCGAGUCUGAUAAAAAGACUAAUGUCUGAACUUCUUUAUUUCAAGACUCUCACAGGUUUUUGCUAUUUUUGAAUUAAUACAAGUCUGUCACAAUAUGUGACAAUACUUAAAACGCCUCUGACAAUAGCGUGUUGCUUAAUUAAAGAGGAAUAUUGGCAUAAAAGGUAUAAGUACAACUUUAAAUGGAAAAACGAUAAGUCAAGUACGGCAUGCAUCUUUUUAAUUGCAUUGUAACCAAUUGCGAUCGGAUUAACAGCUCAAGCAUUUUAUCGGUUUCAUCAGCUGCUGGUGAAAUAAAAAUCGAUUUUGUUAUCAGCUUGGCCACUCUUAUCAGUGGUUAUCUGUAUUUCACCGCUAGAAAGCCAAAGUUUUUCAUAUUACGUGGACCAACAAAUACGUUAAUUAGAGUGCGUGUUAAAUUGGAUCCUAAUGCAAUGUAAUUAGCAAAUAUGCAUUCAAUGCCCCAAAUAAUGGGAUUCUACGCGGCAACCUUUCACGAUCUGUACAGAUUUACGUACGUAUAUUACACGUGUAUUGCAGUGCGUGGGUAUCUACAUUGUGAUGCUUGUAACAGGUGGUACAGCUAUACAUAUGGGAUAGAAAGAACGAAGAGAAAUGUUUCCUGGAACAUUUAACUGGAUUUCUACUGAAUCGAAUGUUAUUUGAUAUCAGUCAAAAACACACACUCUUAUGCUGAAAUAUAUAUACAGAAAAAACGGUUUUGUUAAAGUAUCUAAAAAUUUAUUUAGAAAAAGCUAGAAAAAGGAAAUAAUUUUGUUGAAUUAUAAAAAUAAUUAUGUAGGAUGCUCCAGCCAAUUGUUAGAUGUCAAUACUCUUUACAGCUUUGUUCAUCACGCUUCAAAGAGUCCUAUAUAUUAUAAUUAUUUUAAAGUUUAACAAAAUUAUUUUCGUUUUCUAGCUAAAUUUUUACAUACUUCAGCAAAAUUGCUCUUUCCAUUAUUUAACGUAACGUAUUUUAUAGUAUUUUCGCAUCAUUACCAAAUCAUAUUUAUAUCAGAUUGCAACACUCUCUACAAUAAAAUAAAUUGAAAAAUAUUUAUUAUGAAAUCACGUUAAUAUCAAUAAAAUUUACUUUCUCUAAAUGCAAUCAUAUUAGCUUUGCACAAUACAGUGCAAGCUUGGCGCAUUAAGUCAACGGAUCGACCGACUUUUCAGAAUUACAGUAAAAACGUCGUGUAUUCAAGAAGAACAUCGGGAUCCAGUGCGAAUAAAAAUAAUAACGCGAGAAUAAACCGAGGAACGGCCGAUCAUGAAUCACGAGAACGGUUGAGAACGGCGUACGCGCGGCAUAAUAAAAGACGUGAGGGAUGAAAGCGAAAUGAUGAAGAAGAGAGAGUGGCGCUUCUAAUUGGAGGAUGAACGGAUUUUUCAACUCCCUCAAAAACCUCGCGUCCGGUGCUACCGGCUCUGCCCCGAGAUACGAAGAGCUGGAAGUCGAAGAUACCAAAAUGAGAUUCAGUUUGACUCCGCAACCGGGAGAAAGUGGUUUCAUACAAUGGUUAGACGCGAUGAAAAUGGUUGCCAAAUUACAAGGAGGGAUACCACCAGAAUUUCGAAAAAGAUUAUGGUUAACGUUGGCGGAACGUCAUCUGGAACAACGCGGUGUAGACUGGAAGCAGGCUGAAAAGGUCUGUUUCAACGAGUGGAGUAAUCCUGACGACGAAGAACUCGGCAUACAAAUUGUAAAAGAUCUGCACAGAACAGGCUGCAGCCUGUUCUGCGGUGCUGCUGGCCGGGACAACCAGGCGGUGUUGCGUCGAGUGUUACUCGGUUUCGCCCGCUGGAACAAGUCCGUGGGCUACUGCCAGGGUCUGAAUGUUCUGGCCGCUCUCGUCCUGCAAGUAAUGGACCGCGCGGAGUCCUCGUCUGUGAAGGUGAUGAUAUAUUUAAUAGAGGGUGUUCUGCCGGAGGGCUAUUUUGCCGAUAAUCUGCGAGGCCUCUCCGUCGACAUGGCAGUGUUUCGGGAUCUCCUGCGCUCAAGGAUGCCGAAACUGUCAAAGCAUCUCGAGGCACUCCAGAGCGAUGCUAAGGAUAAAGCGACAGGAAGCAGCUAUGAGCCGCCGCUCACGAAUGUGUUCACCAUGCAAUGGUUUCUUACGCUUUUUUGCCACUGCUUACCGCAGGAAACGGUGCUUCGUGUCUGGGAUCUGAUAUUUCUCGAAGGUGAUGAAGUACUCCUUAGAACGGCACUCGCUAUUUGGGAAGGCCUGUCGGAUCGUAUAAUGACCGUAACAUCGGCGGACGAGUUCUACAGUAUAAUGGGAGUUCUCACGAGAGAAAUGCUAGAAUUCACCGAUACGAACAAUCUUAUAAAGAACAUUGUUAGUAUGGGACCCUUGCAUGGUGUGACAAGUUUGAGAGAGAAGCAUCGAUAUAACAUUACCCCGUGGGCGCGCAAGUUGAGUGAUGACGAAGAUAGCGAGACAGAAGAGGAUGAAAGGUUAGCUGUAGCGGCUGCUAUGUUCAGCAUGGCUCAACGUAUAAAAAAAGAUCGUAUACCUUCGACAAUAGGAGCAUUACAAGCGAUGGCACCCAGUAGUGAUCGAGAACGCCUUGCUUUAGAUAUUAGUACUCUGAAGCAGCAAUAUGCAAAACUACGGGAACGGCAGCGACAAGCGCAUAUAAUACUUUCUGCCGCGUGCGCGCGACAGACAAUGGUACCUCCGCCCACUUCCACAGCCAUGAAUCAUCUGUUAGUGGGUAAAAAUGCUCUCGUAAGUGGAAAGAAUCGACCACUGAGUUUGCCGUCUGCCACUGCCACAUCGAAAUUACGGCCGGCAGCCUACAGCCCAAAAAAUCGUAAGGACAGACAAGGUGUUACACUUCACUGGAAGGAUGCAAAAAGGCCGAAGCAAAGAGCCGGUGAUGCUGGUGAUACCGAUGUUUUUGGUACAGGAUUUUUACAAUCGCCUCCCGAAACGUCACCUAGUCGGGGUACCGUUGACAGUGAUAGUGACAGCACAUCGACGGAGCUGUGCGACGAGCCGGAUCGUCUAAGUGACGUCGAUAGUGAGGAACUUACGUCAGCGUCCGACUCUUACGUCAUGGCGACGGACGAUGAGAAGCAUGCUUACGACGGUUCGUCGACCUCGGCGAGUACACCUGCGCGCUCGCAUAUUAAAAACGAGCCCACGUUGACGAUCGAAGGGCCGCGGGAUACAAUUUUCGAAACCGAACGCGACGAUAAGUCCCCGUCCCUGUCUGAAAUCUCAAUCGCCAAGAUCACCGAUCAAAUACGAAGACUCUCAGCGGAAGAUGACAAUAAUACGACAGUCCCUCAAAUAUCGAGCGCGCGCGACAACAACGAGCUGUCGAUAAGUGAUUAUCCGGUCGAGAGAUCGCAGACGAGGGAAACGGAAUCGAAGGUGCAGGAUUAUACGUCGAGCGAAGACGCGCCAAGAUCGUCGAGGAUUGAGAACAGUUACGAUUAUUUAAGCCUUAAAUCUAAUCUCGUCGAGAAGACAGACGAUACCUUGAUAUAUAGUGCAGAUCAACUGAAAGAUGUAGAAGAGAAAAAAGAAAUCAUUCGGGCUAGCGAUACAGAUAUUACAGGCCUUAAGACGGAUAUAAUAGAAACCACUACGAGUAUACUACGGGAUAAUUCUAGAGAACAAACGAGUAUCUCUUUAGAUAAGACUUACGAUAAAUUUCACACGCUUUUAGACACGAAUGACAAACCCUUCGAAUCCUCCUCAAGAUUUUCCAGCAGAAUUUAUUUGGAUUCAAAAAACGAUAACGAUUCAAAUGACACGGAUCUUGCGAAUAGCAGAGCGUUGGAUGUCGCGACAGAAUUGCGAUCUUUUUAUUCCCAGAGAUACGUUGUAGGCCACCUUCCAAUUUCCCCGGUAACAAUGGAUGAUAAAUUGACGAAAUUGUCACAUGACAUAUAUAAUGUCGCGAUAAAUCCGGAAAAUCUGACAAGUCCUGAAAGGACUUUAAAGAGAAACGCCUUUAACGAUAAGCAGCCCAUGGUACAAACAAAAUCGUAUUCCCAUUUUAAAAAAAGCCCAAAAUCUCCAGAAAGCACAAAAUCAUUUAGCUCCGGAGAAACGAUGGGUCCCGAUUCAAAGCCUUCUAGUCUAACAGUGAGUCCAAGGACACCAAUCAGAUCGGACUCCCGUGACUUCACAAUAGACAAAUCGGCUUGCUCGUCCAUAAGUUCGGAUUCUAAAACUCUCGUUCUCCAUUCUGUAAGCUCGGAUAUCGCGCUCGAUGAUUUGAGGCCGAUUACAAAAAAAACGUACGAGAAAUCGAACCCAUCGACUCCAAUCAGCACAGAUUCUUUAAAAAAUAAAUCCGACACAAGCCCGAAAUUGGUGAUAAGCAGUUCUAGCGAUUCGUGCAGCCCAUGUAAAGCUAAGUCUUCCGAGAGGUCAUUUAGUUCCGAUCUGCAGUCACCCGUAAGUGCCAACUCUAUAAGAUAUACCUCGAAUUACGGAAAACGAGACCACGACAAUGUGUCGGAUUCAUCUAUUUACCUGUGCACCUCACCAUUUUAUCCUAUCGCGAAUCUUAACCAGAAGACACCCUCGCCAUACAGUAUAGGCAAACAAAGUUGUAGUAUAGACAGUACCGACACUUCACCCGAUCCAAAAUCGAUUAGUUCAAAGGACCUGACCAAGUUCUCUGGAUAUCAAACCAAACUAGAUCCUUCAGCAAAGCCAACCGAGAGUAAGGAAAACGAGGAAAUCUCCGAGAGAAGCGAUUUAUACGUUAGACCACAAUUCACGAUGAAUACAGAACUGAAAGCGAGUUACACACAAAAGAGCAAAGCUGAUUUGACCUCUUAUGAAUCGAUCGGUGAUGAGUCCUAUCGAAAGAGCGGAGAUUUCGCUGAUGACAAUGCGGAUGAUCCGCUCUCUGAAAAAGAUGUGGUGCCUCAAUUGCCGCACGAGAACCUCGACAAGCGCUAUCUGAAUUACAAACGUAGAGACCGUUUGAAAUUGACUGAGAGAAGCUCUAGCAGUUUGGAAAAAAGAUGUACAGAUUUUAAAUCCUCGACUUCAACAGAUGAAUUCGGUACACCCAUGGUAAAGAAGAGAUGCAGCGAUAUUCUCGAGGAUAUGAAGCACUUGGAAGCAAAGGCUUUUAGCGAUGGAUCGCCCGAAACUAAUAUGUUGACGAAAAAAUCAAGUGAUAUCUGGGAAGACAUGAAAAACUUGGAGGCAAGACGACAAAAUACCUUCAGCAAUUCGGCGAGCGGCUUCUCAAAACGGCGAUUAGAAAUCCCAGACAUAAAUAUAACAAGUGAAAGUAGAAAAUCUUAUGUAGUACAUCCUAAAAUUAACAUCGAUGAGAACAGUGACAGUAUAUUAAAAAGUAUAGCUUGCAAUAAAAAUAAUAGCGAUGUAGAUGACGGUAGAGAAUCGAAAGUAGGUGUGUGGACAAAGGUAAAACCACGAAAAAAAGGCGACAAUGGACGCAGAAGUAGCGACCGGGCGUUAAAAAUUAUUCAAGAAAAUUCGGCUAUAUUGCACAAGAUUCUAGCUUGUCAAGCGAAGAAACGUUUGCCGGAUCUGGAAGAAAUAUCCAAGGAAAUCACCAUCAGUCCAAUUAACGAAGAAAUUUCUAAAAUAUUCAGUCCGAUUCUCGAAAAAAUGGGUCUAAACGAGUACGAAAUAAACGAGGAAUUAGCACGAAUAAAUUUCAAGGACUUUGACAAUAUGAGCGCUACCAGCGUAUCAGAAUUCGAUGCAAAGAUCAAUGAAGAAUUAACGAAACUGUCUCUCAUUGACGACACGGAACAAAUUGAUCAUUUAGACGUAGAUGAGAUUAUAUCAGACAACUAUCUUGACACUCGGGAAGCGCUCAUAGAUCAUAAAAUAAACGAAGAACUCUCUAAAUUGCUGGCGAACUACGAGGAGGAAUCGCCACCGAGUAUGAUUAAUAUAGAAAAAUGCUCGCCAAGCCAGAACAUAAGCGAGACGGAGGGUCUCGAUCUUACUAGCAUAUCAACGAACGUAUUUUCCUAUAAGUCCUCCAACGAUUCCAUCGAGAUUAGGAACGAUUUGGAAAAUGCGCACGAAGCCGCAGUUCAGCCUGAAAAGUUUCCAUUCGCGACGUUGAAAUACGAACAGAGCAUGUCACCCAAGAGUGACAUAGACAUUUACAGGGAACUGCAGAAGCUCGACAAAAUCUCAUCUGUGCAAGUGCUACCAGACUUAAAUCUAGAAAUACCGCCAAAACGAUUGUCCCCCAUUAAAUACAUUCCCGAUACUCCUCCCACUUAUUCCGAAGUACCCACAGCAAUGAGAUACGUGAUGAACCAGUUCAAUACUUCACCGUUAAAGAGUACUUACGAACCUUACAAAAGCUACGAAAUUCCGGAUAAACUAUCGCCACGGAAUAGUCCUUACACUACUUAUGAUAAAUCAAGCGAUCUUACUUUCGAAUACACAGAUCCCAAGUCGAGAAUCUCUAUCGAUCCCUAUGUAGAUUUGCAUUUAAAAAGCCCGAUACUGUCAAAAGAAUCUUUAGAGUUUCGUGUAAAAUACGAUGAAGAGUUGCCAAGGCCAGUCAGCGACGAAUGUGCGGCUGGACAGGAUAGUAGAUCGACGGUUACCUUGAAUACCGGAAGUUCAUAUUACGGCAGGAGUAAUAACGAAGCAGUUACGUCGAUGAAAUAUAUCAGCAAUGAAGAAAAAUGCUUGGAUGUCGGAGACUAUUGCAGCGACACGGAUCUUCUACAUCAUAAGUACAGUACUUUAUCACCGAAAAACUAUUCUCAUGUCAGAAGUACAGAUUAUGAUAAGCCCUUAAGCACAUUAUCGCACGUGGUGAUAGAAUCUGAAAUGGAUGUCGAUUCGUAUCUACCGACAAGGCAUCGCGACUAUAAUGUGCUAUCGCCCAAUCGUCAAUACAGAGAUGAAUACUUAUCUUCUAGCCCAAACCAUUACACUCCGAAACUCUCUCCAAAUCUGACGGAAGAAACGAGAAGGCCUGCCGUCUCGCAUCUAGAAUCCCCAAGUAAAAUAAGUGUCGACAAGUAUGAAGAUCUGACUAAUAAAGGAUCAAACUGUUAUAAGAAAUCAACACUGAGUCUCGGCAACAUGGAAAAUUCGAACAAAGAUGACGAAAAUGAUAGCACUCCGAGUCCGAAGACACGCUUCAGUCCUUUCCCCGUUAGAAAUAAUAUCAGGAAACCCAAAGAACUGACGCUGAAGUUGGGUCUCUAUACGCCGAACAAUUCUGACUUCGAUCAAAUGAAAAAGUCAUAGUGCUCAGUAAAUUGUCAAAGCGACGAAGCUUUUGACCUACACGAAAGUUCGCACGUAAACUGGUUCACUAUUAUAAAAAUGGACAUUUAUGUUCGCUAGUCAAUUGUUUCGACAGAUUCUUAUACUUUACAUGUGAAACGAAGCAUACUCGAUGCGUUUCGAAGAGUCUUGUAUUAUCCAUUCGAAUUUAACAAAGUGGGCCUAAAUUGUCGCCUAAACAUUCUUUCGUUAUGCUCGACACUAUUGGACAAAUUAUAAAAUGUAAGCUUAUUAAUAAACGUGAAUGUAGCUUUAAGAUAAUAAUUAGAUAAAAUAAAAUCGUGUAAGUUUUUCAAUGCUCGGCCGGAUAAUUGUAAACUACUUUAAAUGGCACGCAAAUUUUGACGGAGAGUACGGUGCAGAAAUAACAUAAAAAUAAAUACAGGGCGCGUUAUAUCGUAAUCGUGAUAAGCGCGAAAUAAUAUCUCCAUGAACGCAAUUAAAUUUGGGAAUAUUGCUGAAAUAAUAUGUCGUGCGUUAUUGACGCGAUUAUGAAAUAGCAAAUCCGGGCAAAGCAGAUUAAUGGUAAAUCCAAUCCCCAUAUUCAGCCGCACGUUUCUCGCUUCCUGUCCUUUAUUCUAUCAUUAAAACAUAAUGUGCACUUCACAGUUAUUCGAAUACUCGAAUUUAUACAGGAUCGUCGUUUAAACAAAAUAACAUUAGAGGAACAUUACAGCACUUGAAACACUUGCAUGUUGCAAUCGCUACAAUUACAAUAAAUGCCUUCGACUCCCUCCAAUUUUAAACUAUGCCAAAAUUUCUUAAGAAAUAACUUCCAAAUCGCUAUUUCAACAUGAAUUAAUAUCUAAGUGAAUUUUAUGAAAUAUCUUUCUUUUUAAUUACAUCAUACUAUUGAUUCUUAUUGUGAGGCAAUAUAUUUGAGUCGAAUAAUUACCUGUAGUACGACAAAUUCUAAAAAAAAAAAAAA